GAGAAGGAGAUGUGGAUGUAAGCAGUCCUAACUCCUAAGCACAUUGGGCUUAGUUGUAAUUGGGAUGUCUGUCAGACGUAGUCCGAUUCACUUAAUAAUUCAUCAAUCAUUAAAAUCAUAAUUGAGAAGACAAGAGAAAGAAAUUAAAAGAAAAAUUAGAUUCCUAUAUUUCGAGUGUUUUAGAAGGCAAACGAAACCGCAGGCAGGUACAUUAAUUGCUGAGUCUUGCACUCCUCCUUUUUUCUCCAUUAUUCCGGAGGAAAGUGUCUGACUUGGUUUUUUUAGUCACGGAAUACAUAUUUCUUUCGACACUUUACUAUUUCUGUGUAUUUUGAAUUAAGAUAUAGCAGAUUUAUUUCCAUAAAACCCAAACAAACCCCAGUUGAUUUGAAUGUUUGAGAAUUUGUGUAGAUUCCGAGAUUGAAUUCUCCAGAUUGGGAUUUGAUAUCAAAUCAAAGAAUGAAGAUGAGAGUGUUGUUGACACAAGUUUUGAUGGGGACGGAAGGAGGAGGGCAAUCUAUGUUGUCCACCAUCAAAAUUGCCGUCCUUCCCAUAGUAAAGGUGUUUACCAUGUGUUUCCUGGGAUUUCUAAUGGCCUCUAAGCAUGUCAAUAUCCUUCCUUCUAAUGGCCGCAAAUUGCUCAACGGGCUCGUUUUUACUCUGUUGCUCCCCUGUUUGAUAUUCUCCCAAUUAGGCCAAGCUAUUACUCUCCAGAAAGUGCUUGAAUGGUGGUUCAUCCCUUUCAAUGUUAUCCUCGCUACUAUUUCCGGCUCACUCAUCGGCCUACUCGUCGCCACCAUUAUCCGCCCUCCAUACCCCUUCUUUAAGUUCACGGUUGUGCAUAUUGGAAUUGGAAAUAUUGGCAAUGUACCCCUUGUCUUGAUUGCUGCUUUGUGUAGAGAUAAAUCUAAUCCUUUUGGCGAUUCAGACAAGUGCAGUCAAGAUGGAACUGCCUAUAUUUCAUUUGGCCAGUGGGUUGGUGCAAUUGUCCUGUAUACAUAUGUAUUCCAAAUGCUGGCACCCCCUCCUGAAGGUACCUUUGAUGUUGAAGAUGGACAUCUUCCAAUCAAAAGUCAACAGCACAGUGGAAGUGAAACACCAGAACAAGUUCCUUUGCUUCCUCAAGGUCCAGGGCCAUUGACAUCACAUGUGUCACAGAAAGGAAAGGUCAAGGAGUUCCUGUUGUUCAUAUAUGAUAAAUUAAAGCUCAAACAGCUCAUACAGCCUCCUAUUAUUGCUUCUGUUUUAGCAAUUGCAUUUGGAUGUGUGCCUUUCUUGAAAAGUUUAAUCUUUACAAGUGAUGCUCCUCUAUAUUUUUUCACUGACAGCUGCAUGAUUCUUGGGGACGCUAUGAUUCCAUGCAUUUUGUUGGCAUUGGGAGGCAACCUUGUGGACGGACCUGGAAGUUCAAAACUUGGUUUUAGGACAACUGCUGCAAUUAUUUUUGGGCGGUUGGUGUUGGUCCCCCCAGCAGGGCUUGGCAUAGUGACUCUGGCUGAUAAGUUGGGCUUCCUUCCUGCUGGUGACAAGAUGUUCAAAUUCGUGCUUCUCCUUCAGCACACAAUGCCUACUUCUGUACUUUCAGGUGCUGUGGCGAACUUGAGAGGAUGUGGGAGGGAAUCGGCUGCAAUACUGUUCUGGGUUCAUAUAUUUGCAAUUUUUUCAAUGGCUGGGUGGAUUGUGCUAUACAUUCACUUACUCUUCUGAGAAUUCAAGAUGUCUUUUUUUGCCGAAUGCUAUUAUUUUUGACAUCAACUUAAUUGGAGAGUUGUGAUAAUAUAUGCCUUGUACAACUAAAUUUACAAGUCUAGUUGGAUCCAUCCGGGAUCGCUGGAAACAGCAAAAAGAGAAGACCUUGUUCAUUGUUCAGAUGAUGCUGGCUGCUAAUGGUUUUGGAGAAGCAGCUUUGUACAUAUGAUGCUGGUCAUGCCUAUGUACACUUUAGCUCAAUUAUUUGUGGUUAUAAGAAUUUUGAUUAAUUGAGUAAAGUUCAUACAGUA